GUUUCACAGCUUUCAAAUCUCUUGCUCUUUUCACAUUUGGUCAAUUCAAAUUCGGUCAAAAGAAAAACCCAGAUCUUGUGUUUGUUUUCAUGGAAAUCGGGUCUUUCGCAUUGCUUUCUCCAGAAGAUUUAUGUUUUAAUUUCAACAAUAACAGCGGCAGGGGCGAUUUCUCGUGUUUUCUGGAUAUGGAAAGUGGGUUCAACGGGAACUACAACAAGAAGAGGAGUAGACAGGAUAUUGAUGAAUCUGUAGUGAACGAGAAGAGUGGGUUUGGUGAUAUACUUUCUUCCAUUUUGAUGUUGGGUGAGGAAGCAAAGCAAGAGCAGGAGCAAGAACAGCAGCUUCAAUGGUUUGCUGAUUCCGAUCAACAAACAGCGUUCUUCGAUCGCAGUUAUGAUGAAAAAGUUGAAGAAAUGAAUGGGUUUUUUGAUCAAUUCGAGAACCAGUAUUCUGAAAUGAACCAGCUGGAUGAUUCCAGAAACAAACGGCCGCGUAAUUCGGGUUUAGCUGCCGUUGCUGCGACGGCGAAGAUGGUUUCAGUCGGGUCGGGCAAUGUGAGCCCGUCGCAACCGGGUACCGGAACCGGCCAGCAAAGGCGGUUAUGGGUGAAGGACCGAUCAAAGGACUGGUGGGAUAAGUGUAGCCACCCGGAUUUCCCCGACGAGGAGUUCAAACGCGCGUUUCGGAUGAGCAAAGCCACGUUCAACAUGGUCUGCGAGGAGCUUGAACCAGCGGUGAUGAAAAAAAACACGAUGCUCCGCGAUGCAAUCCCGGUUCGUCAGCGCGUGGCGGUUUGCAUCUGGCGGCUAGCCACCGGUGAACCGCUCCGGAUGGUAUCGAAACGGUUCGGGUUGGGGAUCUCGACUUGUCAUAAGCUGGUAUUGGAGGUCUGCGCCGCCAUAAAAACCGUUUUGAUGCCCAAAUUCGUUCAAUGGCCCGACGAAAACAAGACGAAGAGAAUCAAACAAGAAUUCGAAUCCGCCACCGGAAUCCCAAACGUCGGCGGAUCGAUGUACACGACACACAUCCCCAUCAUCGCACCGAAAGGAAACGUCGCGGCGUACUUCAACAAAAAACACACGGAGAGGAACCAAAAAACUUCGUACUCAAUCACCCUCCAAGGCGUCGUCGAUCAAACCGGAGCUUUCAUCGACGUAUGCAUCGGCUGGCCCGGUUCGAUGUCCGAUGACCAAGUUCUAGAGAAAUCAGCAUUUUACCAAAGAGCCACAAGGGGCCAUUUGAAGGACGUUUGGGUGGCGGGGAACAAAGGGUACCCAUUAAUGGACUGGGUUUUGGUCCCAUACACUCACCAAAACCUCACCUGGGGUAAACACGCCUUCAACGAGAAGAUCGGAGAAAUCGAAAAGGUGGCCAAGGACGCUUUCGCGAGGCUGAAAGGACGAUGGUCCUGCUUGCAAAAGAGAACCGAGGUGAAGCUUCAAGAGUUGCCGAUCGUGCUCGGUGCUUGCUGCGUUUUGCAUAAUAUCUGCGAGAUGAGGAACGAGACGAUGGAUCCCGAGCUCAAAUUCGAGCUUUUCGACGACGAGGUGGUACCGGAAAAUAAAGUAAGGUCCAUGGCUGCCGCACAAGCCAGGGAUCACAUCGCUCACAAUUUGUUGCACCAUGCUGGCCGUGCCAAAGCCGCUGGUUUUUUAUAACCUCUGGUUUUUUGU